CUCGCGUUUAUUUAGAGUAAUCAAAAGUGAUUUUCUCCAUAUACAAGUAUAUAUAUAUGGAGAAAACUCCACUUUCAAUCUGUUUGAAAAUAGUGAGACAAGCUCAAUUAAAGCUUAAGAUAAAUUCGAUUUUACAAUAACGACGAGUGUAAUCGCAAUUUACGGGUCACAACGAUGUCGUUUUACAUUGGUCGAGAGGCUUCAAAGAUAAGGAAGAGGAUUUGUACGGAGAGUGGAAUAGAAAUCAAUCUUCUUUCAGAGAAAUGGAAGUAUAUUCUUGGAGGUUUGAUAUUUCAGGUUCAACCUUUUAUUUUCUGAGUUUGGGGCGUGGAAUGAAUAUUCGAUGAUUCAUGUAUCUGAGAUAGAGGCAUUUUGGUAGUGUAGUUUUUGUUGUGUGUAAGUACAUACAUGGAUUUGCUGCUCGAGGGGUUCACUACAUACAUCGGCCUGGACGUACUCUUCAGGAUGUCGGCUUCUUUCUUCUUCCGGUUGGUUUUAUUGGUUGUUGGUUCUCUUUAUCUCCCCUCUCUAGGGAGAUGCUCACUCAUACUCUUCUUUUUUCUUUCUUGUUCUUUUAAACGAAAACUCCAGGAGCUUGGGCAAGAUAAAGGUUAUAUAAGUGAAACUGUUUUCACCACCCUCUUUCUGUCUUUUGUCUUGUGGACAUUCCAUCCUUUCAUUUUCAAGAUCAAAAAGAUCUAUACAGUUCUGAUAUGGUGCAGGGUCUUGGCUUUCUUAGCUGCUUGUCAGUUCCUUCGGAUCAUCACAUUCUACUCUACACAACUUCCUGGUCCAAAUUAUCACUGUCGUGAGGGAUCAAAGCUUGCCACAUUGCCUCCUCCAAAUAGUGUUUUAGAAGUUUUGUUGAUUAAUUUUCCUUGGGGCAUGCUUUACGGUUGUGGUGAUCUGAUAUUUUCAUCUCAUAUGAUAUUCUCUCUAAUCUUUGUGCGGACAUAUCAUAAAUACGGGGCAAGAAGAUUUAUAAAACUGUGUGCUUGGUUAGCUGUUAUUGCUCAGAGCUUCUUGAUUGUUGCAUCUCGCAAACAUUACACAGUGGACGUUGUUGUGGCAUGGUACACUGUUAAUCUAGUAGUGUUCUUUGUUGACAAACAGUUGCCAGAACUGCCUGACCGUACUAGUGCAGCGUUGAUUCUACCACUGAGCAAAGAUAGCAAGGCUAAGGAAGAGAAUCACAAAUUUCUGAAUGCAAAUUCUGGAGAUCCUGCAGAAUGGGUAUAGAGAAGCGUUCCGAAUUGUGUAUAGAUGUGCAUAACCCAAAUUUAUGAAAAGAUCAUUGAAGAUGGGAGCACAGUUCAUCUUGGAGCAAUGAUGAAUGGUGUACAGACAAUAUAUGGAAUGCAACUAACCAAAGACUUCCGUUCAAUAUCAUUACAAGGUUGGUUUGACAAAUGUUCUCCAGGUUCACUAGUUUUGGUUUAUAACGUAGAAUACCAAAUUGAAUGUCAAUGUUGUUCAUGUAUCCAUGUUCCCUUUGGUUUAAAAUUAUCGAAUGUAUGAUGGAUUCCAUCUUCAGCUGAUAAAUUAUCUUUUUAAUUUUGUACUCCCAAA